AUGGCUACUGAGGGCGACUGGGUUCAUUCUAACUUGCAGGAAGACGAUCACAUCCACCCUUACGGUUCAACCAGUACGAAUAAAAAUAUUUCCGUGGCAAAAAUACGCAAUCAAGACGAUGCGGAAAUUCAGCUUCGUGAUUUCAAAGGCAGCAAUUUUCAGGAGCCAUUGAUUAUCCAGAAUGAUGGUCAUGUAGGCAAUGAUAGAAAAAGUGCGGUGCGACCAACAUCUCUCCACUCUUUGCUCAGCAGUCCCUCCAGUGAUCAACAGAAAGCUUUCCUAGAGACAUCAGUCAUACGGCAUGAGAGCUGGUUCAGACACCCGAAGGUGAAGGAACAUUGGAGGAUAGUUCUAGCCUCAGCUUUUCUCUUUCUGCUUGGGAUAGCCUUGAUUCUCACGGGCAUAGGAGUAGCGAUAACACCAUCCAGAGGUUAUCAUUGUCUGAUCUUUGGAAUCAUUGGUCUUCUGUGUAUCAUACCUGGGGGUUAUCACUUUAUUUACAUUUACUGCGCAGCUGUGGGAAGGCCAGGAUAUGAGUUUGAGAAUCUGCCAGUGCUGCGAUAG